CAUAAAAAGCCCAAAACAAGCACAGCAGCAUGUCUGAGUGACAGCCAAAGGAAAGGGAACACUUUAUCUUGUCUCUGAUAGUACGGUAUAUGCAAAUUCUUCAAAGCUCGGCAUGCGUCCGGCAAGAGGAAGAGAAGAAGGGAAGAAACCACUUCUCCAGGAGGGAGGUGCUAACAAGUCGGAACUGUGUCAAAGUUACUGUACUUAGAAACAUUAACAGGAGUUGUGGGUGAUUGUGCUGACAGAUGGACCGAGACGAGAAAGAGACGAACACUGAAGUCAGUCAGUGACACCCUGCGGCUGUGUAACACGUCUUCUGUGUAGCUGAAAAGAGGGCCCAGAUGCUCCAGGAUGGAUCAGACACUUCUCAGCCAGAGCUCAACCUCAGACCUGCUGGAGCAAGACAGCGAAGAGAUGCAGCUCAGAGUGGACUUCUUCAGAAAACUGGGUUACUCCUCAGCCGAGGUGAAGGCUGCUCUGAGGAAGCUCGGACUCAACACGGACACUAACUCGGUGCUGGGAGAGCUGGUCCGGUGCAGGACUAGCAUGUCUGGGGCCGACGGUGAGGAGAGAAGUACGGGGCAAAAUGACCCUUUGCUGCCUGCCAGUUGGGUCCCUGGACCCAGCAGAAACACACCACAAAUUGGGGACAGGAAAACUGCGGACACAGAACUGAGACCAGUUGUUGUUGAUGGCAGCAACGUUGCCAUGAGUCACGGUAACAAGGAACUGUUUUCAUGUCGAGGCAUCCAGCUGGCAGUAAAUUUCUUCCUGGACAGGGGUCAUAAAACCAUUACUGUGUUUGUUCCCACCUGGCGGAAAGAGCAGCCCCGACCCGAUGCCCCCAUCACAGAUCAGCACAUCCUCAUGGAGCUGGAAAAACGCAAAAUAGUCGUAUUCACUCCAUCGCGCCGGGUCGGUGGCAAACGGGUGGUUUGCUAUGAUGACCGCUUCAUCGUCAAGUUGGCGUACGAGUCGGAGGGAGUCAUCGUUUCCAACGACACCUACCGAGACCUCCAGGGGGAACGACCUGAGUGGAAGAAAUGCAUCGAGGAGAGGCUUCUCAUGUACUCCUUUGUCAAUGACAAGUUCAUGCCUCCAGAUGAUCCUCUUGGCCGCCAUGGCCCCAGCCUUGACAACUUUCUCAGGAAGAAGCCUCUGCCAGCAGAGCAAAAGAGACAGCUCUGUCCCUAUGACAAAAAGUGCACUUACGGCAUCAAAUGCAAGUUCUACCAUCCAGAGCGGGCGAACCAGUCCUACCUCUCCUUGGCUGAUGAACUGAGAGAAAAAGCCCAAAUCUCUACUGUAAAAGAAGACAGAAAUACCAGAUCAUCACCCAGACAGCAUCACAUUGAUCCGGAUCCUACCCAUAAUACCUGUUCUUUUCCUCAAGACCAGCGUCGUUCCUCACAUCCCAGUCUGGUUAGUGAAAAUACACUGCUGUACUGGGAGGACCCAAGGAAGAGUCCGAAUCAUAUGCCAUGUUCAGUCACAGGUAGCCAGUGUCAGAGCGAGUGGCCAGGGCUGCCCCAGCGGCCUAGUCAUUACUACGCCAACGUGUCUCAGGAGUACCUGGACUCUGGCCUCGGUUCUUAUGAGAGCCAGUACUCUGACUUUACGCACAGCUACAGCAACUCCCACAGGCCCUGGCCGCAGCAGCAAAGUGCCCACACUGGAUCCAGACAUACCUCGGUGCAUGUAGAGGAAAGCAACAACAGCCAAUCCCACAGGUGUUGUCCUCAUUCAGUGCCUUCAUCAGCUCUCCCUCAACGUCAUCAAAGCCUGGAAUCAAAGACUCAAACCAAAUACAACACCUACCCCCCUCACAUGUUCCCGCACGGCGCACCACAACAACAAAGCCUCCCAAACCAUCUCCAUUACCCCGGAGGGCAGAAUCAUCAGCUGAACUACUGGUCAGAUCCCUUUCAAGGGCUGCCCAGAGCCAGGACAUCAUGCAGUCUGCCUUCUUCAAAUCAUUCCUCGCUCUCCCACAGCUCCUGCUGCUCUCACAUAGACCAGCAGUACCACUCCUGGGGUCAGCAACAGGCGUCGCCCGCCGCAUUUGAUGAGCAGAGGUCGGAACUCCGAAAGAAUCUGCAAGCCAUCUUCAACCCUAAUCAAGUAGACACAGUCAUGGAGAUGUUUCCACAUCUGAUGGAUGCUGAGAAACUGGCUGCAGAGAUUCUCAACCAGAAGGCCCAGAGAGGGAUUUUCUGGUGAUUUAUCAUACCGUAUUCCUCUUAAGCGCCCUCUUCAGUUGGAUCUGAUGUGAUUCUUUUGUUGAUAUUGUUAAAGUAAACAUAGAACCUCUUAAGAAUCUUUCUUUUUGUCAUCAUAAAGAUGUUUCACUCUAUAAUGUGUUAUUAUCGGAGUCUAAUUUGCUCAUCCUGGGCUGUAAACAUUUGUAUGACAUUGCCGUCAAUUGUGACCAUGUCGUCCACGUUUCGGAUGAAAAGCACCUCUAGAUUGAAAGUAAUCAUGACUGAGUUUUGACUGUUGAUGCAUAUUGUAUCACAUUUGAUAUCUUGUAAUAUUUUCUAGACAUAAGUUCUCUUGAAUCUCUGUACAAAGUAUUACUUUCCUUUCAUUUUCCCCGUAGUUCUCCAGAACGUCUUCCUGUUCGAUGUUUUCUCUGUGACGAGCAGCUGCAGUGUUUCUAUGAGGAAAGAUUUACAGUAAAUCCCAAACUGACCAGGAAACUGAGGCAAGACUUUGGCACAAGCAGAGGCUAUCUGCGAGUGAAUUAUUGUCAGAUUCUUCAAAUGUUCUCAGAAAAAGUAUUACUGUAGCUCUUUAUAAACUUGUGUAUGUGGCUUAUUGUGCAACGACAGAAAAUGCAAAUGUACGGGAAAGUUAGUUCUCAUGAACACUCGUAAUUUAUCCUGUUUUAGAAAAUCACUGAAAAUGUAUCCUGUACAAAUUCAUGUAGGAGCUUUAAAAGAGAAACUAAAGAUUAAAAAAUGUCAUGUGAAGAAUG